UUUACAUUUUUCACACUUCGCCAUUCAUUCUGCUGAAGGCCUUGGAUUUUUGUUCCAUUUUGCUCGUCAAUUUACUGCAAUUCCAAAUCUACCGAAAUAGUUCUUGAAACGUACUUGAAUUGUUUAUUACCAUUUGGUUUGAUGGCGUGCACAAAGGCUCGACCGGGACGCCUUCCAUUCGUCCUAGAAGAAGACGAUUGUGAAAUGGACAGGUCUUCCACCGACGCCAACAGCGGUUGUAGUCCUUCUCGGCUCAUUGCACCAGUAUCACCCGAAUUCACAGACGAGGGUUGGGAUCUGGGCUUUUCAAGUCCUUUUAGAGAUUGCAUGUCAGAUGAAUCACCGGAAAAAGCCAAAAUGAGUGGUUGUACUACUCCGCCACUGUCGCCUCCUUCACUGGGUGCGCUUCGCUUGUUCGACUCACCUCAGACGCCUAAAAGUUUACUUGAACGUUCGUCCAACGUGAAUCGCACAAUGGAUUUUAAAAGGCCUGUGUCGAGACUGCGCCGUGGCUUACUAAAAGGUCGUGGGUUUGAAAGUGAACCCCGAAUGGGACCGCGAUCUCGCCAGGUAACUGCAAACGUGAACCCGUUUACUCCAGACUCGGCCAUUGGUGCGAAGCGAGCAAGACAAGGAGAAGGAAGGUUGGUUUCAGACUUCCUUUUUAAAGAGAGAUGCAAAAACUGCAUAUGCUUCUUUUAUGAUUGUUGUGGUUCCUCUAGACCAUAUUACACCAUUAGAUUUGCAUCAAAAAUCAGUUCUUAAGUGUCGGAGGUGAAAGGGCUCUCGGUUGGUAAUUCAGCUUGCUGGAUUUGAUUUACCAUCUGACGCCUAAUUGGUACCCAAUCAUCUCUUGACAACCAAAUCAGAACCGGAGUGUCAUCCUCCCUCCCACCUCACACACAUCUGCACUCCUAUGUUACAAGAGGGACAAGUCAGCAUUGAUGCAGUGUUUUCUUUUUCUUUGGAGAAAAUGCGUGUUUUCAUAAAAUUUAUGAUUGUGAUCUUGACAGUGAUUUUGAUUUGUAAUUGAAAAGCCUAUAGUAAAGUAACAAUACAAUUCUUUUUCAGGAAUGGCUCAAUUUGUAAUGAUAAUGACGAUGAAGAUAUGGACGAUGAUGAUGACGAAAUAUUUGGAAACCCAGCUAAGGUAACCAUCCGGUAGUAUUAUGCUCUUUGUACCUUAGACACAACAUGAGCAUAAUGUAUGUUACAACUUUUAUUUCUUUGUUCAAUCUCCAGAGACUUGCACUCCAUGAGAGUAACAUUUCACGUUACAAUGCAGAAUUUGUUGAAAUAAGCACAAUAGGAUCUGGCCAGUUUGGCUCUGUACAUAAAUGUCUAAACAGACUAGGUGAGCAUCAAAUUUAUUGUUCAUUUUUUGUUGAGCUUACUUUCCAUGUUUUCUGGAAUGUUCCACUUGUCCCAAGUAAUGCUGAAGUAACCAAAACCAGAGAGAGUUAUCACAGGUGGUGGGGGGGGGAGGGGGGAGUACCUCUGAGUAAUAGGCUAAUGGUAAUUUACUGCUGGAUAAGGUUGCAUUUUCUGACUGGAUUGCCUGGAAUGACAUUGCAAAUUUUUGGAAUUUUGGAGAUAAGAAAAUUCUGGAUAUAAUUUAAAAAUAGAAAUAUUUGUGUUUGAAAAGUUGUUACUUUAUCACCUAAAGUGACUAAGGUGGGUCUACAAUUGGCCAGAGAAUAGACUAUUAUGGGGUAAGGGCAUCGAGAGGCCAGUUGCACAUACAAACCUGUACUCAGCAAAAAUUGAUCAAAGUACCCCCUUUCCCCUAUAAUCACUAACCACCUUGACAAGUGGGGUGAUCAGGAUCCUAAUGAUAAAAACAGGUUUGUGCUUCAUUCUGAUCUCAUAAUUACAAUACAAUAACUUAUUGAAUUAGUUAUUUACUUGGAAAGCUGGGUUGUGAUCUCAGCACAAAUUGUCUUGGGUAGCCUGCUUUGAUUGGAAGGUUGCAGGAAGUCAUGAUCAGUGCAUAAAUAUGCAUGUACAAUGAGUGCAAUGCUUAAAAUGGCUACUAAACAAAUUUGUGAUUGAUUUUAGAUGGAUGUAUCUAUGCAUUGAAGCGGUCUCUGAAACCAGUAGCUGGUUCUAUUGAUGAGUAAGUACAGGAAGGAACAAUCAGAGUGAGAUAAAUUAAGAUGAGGAUAAUGUAAGAAAAGAUAAGAAGUUCUAAAAUUUUUGAAGUAUGUUUUGAAUAACUGAGUUGUAGUUUCACAAGUCAGAAUAAGUUUUCCUCUGUUCAGGGCUGUGAGCAUAAUACAGCCUCCAGUCAUCUCUUGUAAAGCACAGAGCUGCAACUGCUCUACUGUUUGUGUUUCCUUUCCCGGUUCUUUUCUACCUGUCUGAUUAGUGUAGAUUAGAUUUGUGCAGUGUCUUCUAAAAUUGACUUAAUGUCAUUUUUGAUAGCUGCAAGAAAAGGCCACAACUAAUUUUAAUUUUCAUGGGCAGUUACCAACUUUCUGCCAUUAGUUUGCUGUCCCUAUAUUGUAUAUCAAAGGCAUUAAAAUGAGAUCGCCUUCUCUAAUUGAAAAAGAUUCUUCAGAAGCCAUAAAUCUGUUCACUUGUAAUCUGAUCUCAUUAUUUGUUAAUGUUUUGUUUGUCUGCAGGCAAAAUGCCAUGCGUGAGGUGUAUGCCCAUGCUGUCCUAGGAAAGAAUCCUCAUGUCGUACGAUAUUACUCUGCAUGGGCAGAAGAUGGACACAUGUUGAUACAGAAUGAGUACUGUGAAGGUGUGAGAUACAAUGUACAUCAUUUAUUAUCUUCAAAUAACACCAUCUGUUGAUGGGUUCCUGCUGUCACUUGCUGGGUGCAGUAACUAAUAGUAUACAACUAGAUUUUGUUUUACUCUUCGUUACAUAGAAAUCUCUACAUUCUUUUUAGGGGGAAGUCUGGCUGACAUGAUUGAAAGAAAUGCAAAACAAAAUGAACCUAUGGCAGAAGGAGAAUUAAAACAGCUUCUUAUACAAAUAGCUGAGGUACUUGUGACCUAAACUGUUAUAGAGAUAACAUGAUUUUUAUAUUUGCAUGUCACCAUGCCUGAACUUACUCCUUUUUUGUGCAGGGUCUGAAGUAUAUCCACUCACUGGCUUUGGUUCAUAUGGAUAUCAAACCUGGUAUGUUAUUCUCAAUGCUGUGUACAUUCAGGGACAUUUAGAGCUUGCAUGGUUAUUUUGAUAAAAAUAGUUAGGCUUCCAACAUUUAAAUACUUCAUGCCAUAAGAUGACAAUUUAAUUGUAACAUUUUCCACUAGGUUGUAAUUCAUUUGUGUCUUUCAGGGAACAUAUUUAUUAGUUACAGCUCAGGUAUUGAUGAAUGCAAUCACAGUGGUGAUGAAGGAUUUGAUGAAAAUGAUACCCCAGGCCCAAGGAAAAGAACACCACUUUAUAAAAUAGGUACAUUGGAGUUUACCCUUAGACCAGCUCAGAUGCUUUUCCUUACUACAUGAGCUGAAUUGUCUUUGAAUUACAAUGAACUGAAAUGAAUUUAAACUGGCUGUGUUGAUUCAGCUACAUUAAUCAAUAAAAUGCCUUAAUUAAUUGUUAAUAUCUAAGCAUGUGGGUUAGCUCGUAUAAAAUUUAGCAACAUGAAUCAGUGUCAAUCACUGUCAUCCUUAGCUUACUCAAAUAGGAAGAGUGACUGAGCCAAUUUGAAGCCAAAAACUACCCUGGCAAAAACAUGCAUAUGCUUUAGUAUGUACUUCAGCAUAGAUAUCACCAAACAACUCUUUCUGUUUUUGUGGUUAUUACUUCUAAACCAAUUGGCAACAAUUUCAUUUUUCCUUACCUUUAGUUGAAGAGUAUUUCAUUUAUUCAGAGAUUAUCCUAUCAGCAGAGUGCUGCUCAAUUUUGUAAAAGCUUACCCCUGUCAGCCCAACUUUUGGCACAUGAAUUUACUUAGCUGUGUGCUCAAUUUUUUUUAAAGGUGACUUGGGUCAUGUUACAUCAGUGAGUAGUCCUCAAGUGGAAGAAGGUGACUGUAGAUUUUUGCCCAAUGAAAUACUACAAGAAGUAAGUUCAACCAACUAUAACAACUUCCUUCACAAUAUCAAAAUACAGUUGCCUCCACGUAGCUUUUUACCACUCUAACACAUGUGCUUCAAUUCCAUUAAAGGAUUAUUCUGCCUUACCUAAAGCUGACAUUUUUGCUCUAGCACUGACGGUUUUUCUAGCUGUGAGUAUACCCUUACACACUUAUAAAGUACUAUGUUAGUAAAAAAAUUAAUUAAAUUACAUUUGGUCGUGGCUUUUGAACUUGCCAUGAAAUCCUUCCUUCUAAAGGCUACAAUGGAUGGAAAUCAGUGUCCAAGACUUACUAACUGUUAAAAACAGAAGGGAAUGAAAAAACAACAGAAAGUGAUAAGCAUGAGGGUUAAUUUAUCACUAGUACACCAAAACAAAAUAGAAUUUGAUAUAAUGCAUUAAUUUUCCUGUCAGGGUGGAGGGCCAGAACUUCCAAAGAAUGGUGAAGAAUGGCAUGAAAUCAGGUAUGCAGCUAACCUCCCUUUACCUUUCGUAUAAUAAAUCACUAAAGGUGUUAAUUGUUGCUUAAGAAUGUUUACUUCUUAAUAGUAAAAAUUAAUGUACUACAACCCAUUAAGGCAACAUUUUGGCACCCUUUCCAUCACUCAUAUCUUUCUUAGGACCUCCUACUUGUAAGUGUAGGAUACCAUAUUUAUCAGUAACUUAAUGCACUGUCACUUUAAACAUCUUCACCUAGUAGUAUUGCAUUUCAACAAACAGAGAAAGUUAUUUUGUUUGUUUUUAUCUCCCCUAGGAGAGGCCAACUACAAAAUCUUGAGAAAAUCUCAAAAGAAAUGAAUUCACUAUUGAAGGUUGGUACCAGCCAGGGCUCUUAUUCAGUGAAACCCACAGGCCCAAAAUUUUAGUUUUAGAGUGCUACAUCCUCGGUUACUGCAAUUUUGUUCUGCUAUUGAUUUACAAACAUGUAGUAAUAUUCACCUCUUUGAUAUUUUUUAGUCAACCUGACUCAGUAAAUAUCUGAAGGUUGUUUGAAGGUUAAUGACAACUAAUGACAAUGAUGAGGUUAAUGACAAAUUUACUCCUUGUUACAGCUAAUGAUUAACCCUGUGGCUAAAGACCGACCAUCUGCCACAGCCCUGACACAACAUCCAGUUCUUUGUCCUCUUGCAGCAAAAUCCAAGGUAACCUAAGUAUAAUUGAUCAUCAAAAGUUUACUUCAACUGACUCAAAUAUACAACACAGAUUCAUUCAGAACACCAGAAAACAGUAUUUUUUCAUGUAGCACUUCUUCAUACUUAGUUUUUCAUUUCACAGGCCCAACUCAGAAAGGAACUGAAUGCUGAAAAAUUUAAAAAUGAAGUCUUAUCCAGGUAAAGUGAAUCUCAAUUGUUUUUAUGAAGAUAUAACAAAUGAUGCUGCACCUCUCGGAAAUCAAAAUAUUAAAAAAACAUCAGUAAAGUAGACCAUGAAUAAGCAUCACAGUUUGUCCUUCCUAUUUUGGCUUGUCAUUCUAACAUGCCCUGGAAGUGGUCGUUCGAAGGAAAGUUUUCAUAAUUAAUUUAAAGAAAAAUUUGGCAGCCUUUGCUUAUUAAACUGUCACUCUCUGACUACAAAUAGAAGCUUGGCUAUGAGCAGUACCUCCUUUGCAGCAAAGUCCCACAGAUUAUUUGUUUCAACUAAAAAUAACUGAUGUAUCAAAAGAAUACUUUCAACAGAGUAUUUUUAUUUUCUCCUUUUAGGGAGCUGGAGGAGGCAAGAGUACAACAAAAGAACUCUCCUCAGCGUAAAAUAGGACUUGGGUCUCAAACCCGUAACUCUAGAGUCAUAGGACAGAAAGUUAACAGAAGCAUGAGUUUAAGUGUCAUUAUGUGAAUGAUUAUUGUUGUAAAUACUGUUUUACUAGUCAUCUCAGAGAUAAUGUUUUACCUUUUUUACAGGAUUUUUUUAACAGGUUACCUUGAAUUUAGACUAUAUGAAAUCAUUAAUUUUCUAUAUUUCUACAUAACACAGGGUUUUAUUGAAUCAAAUAUUUUGAAAAUGAAACAAAAUUAAUUGUAUAAGGAUGAGUUAUUUUAGGUGAUAUUGAAAUAAAUUUUUUUUAAAACAAAGACAUGGAAAGUGUAGAAAUUUAUGGAAUGCUCACAAUGACCCGAUUAAUCUGAAAUUAGAAAUACAACAGUGACAACUAUUUUUGUGCUCAUUUUUGCAUUGAAGAUUGAGCCAUCACUUGUCACUUCCUGGUUAUCCUUUAACCCCUGAGAGUGAUUAGCAUCUUAAUUCUAUGCUGAAUCAAACACCAAGGUCAUGAGAAUAAAGAAAAUGAUCAACACCUUUUAAAAGAAGCUCUUAACCCUUUAACUUCCGUUAGUGACAAAGACA